AUGUCCUUCUUCAGCGAGCUCUUCGGGCUCGGUGGCGGCGACGCCGCGGCCCCCGCCGCUGCCGCUUCGCCGGAGCCCCCCCGCGCGCGGGCCCCCAGCACCGGGGCCGGCGCCGGGGCCGGGAUCGUGCACCCCUGCUCCCGGCACCCGGACCGCUUCAACCAGGGCUGGUGCCUGUGCUCCCUGCCGGAGGAGCUUUUCUCCCCGCGCCAGGACGGCCCCUCGUCCAAGACCACCGGCGCGGCCGGCCACCAGGAUGACUCCCUGCCGCGGGGGCUCUUCAAGGCCAAUGACCUGGGCCUGCCGGAUGACCAUGCGGAGCUGUCGCGCUGGUCGCUCCCCUACCAGCCGGACUUGAUGCUGAUCAUGCAACAGCGCUCGGCGGCCCUGGCCCGGGCCCAGCAGGAGGAUCCCAAUGGCGAUCUCCUGCAGCUGCUUGACGACGCGGACUUCGACUCGGCCGCCGGGCCGGACAUCUACCGCGUGUCCGAGGAGUCGGUCCGGGUGGAAACCUACCUCUCCAUGCUGGAGGCCAAUGAGCAGGGCGGGUCGCAUGAGCUGCCGGCCGGCUCGGCAGCCGCCGACACUUCGCGCCUGGCCGCCGCCAUUCAGACCAAGCGCCAGCAACGCCGCAAGGCCGCCCGCGACCAGGCCUUCGUCACGCGACUCGAGGAGAGCGCCCUCAGCCGCAGCACCAUCCCCGGCAGUCCGACCGCCGGCUCGGCCGCGCCCGCCCCCGCCCCCGCGCCGCCGAAGAUGAUCAUGGCCCCGGUCGACCGGAACCGCCUGGGCAUGCCGCAGUUCCAUGUGGACAUCUUCCGCUCGGAGCUCAUCUUCCCCGAGCUCCAGCGCAAGGGCGGCCUCUUCUCCACCGUCACCCCGGUCAGCGCCGAGCCCGCCCGGCCGUCUCUCUACGCCGACAACGCGCCCACCACCGUGCAGCUGAUCAUCCGGUCCUUCCACAAUGACCAUCUCCUCUUCGAUGCCAGCCUCAAUGAGGGGGACCCGGCGCUCGGUGCGGCCGGCGUGCGCGCAUCCGCCGCCAGUGCUCCGGCUGCUGCCUCGGCCGGGGCUGCCGCCACGGCCGGGACCGCCCCGGGGGCCGCCGCUGCCAGCGCCUCCGCCGCCGCCGCCGCCCCCGCCCCCACCACCACCACCACCGCCGCCACGACCGAUCCCGCUGCCCAGGUCGCCGACAAGCCUCUCCUCACGCGCCAGGUGAAGUAUGUCCUGGACAUCCCGGUGGUUGUUAUCUCGCGCAUUCCCGCCCUCAAGGCCCAUCUGCUCCAUGUGCCGGAGGGGGCCACCGAGGCGGUCCCCAUCGCGCGGUCCUUCGUCCUGGAGGUCCCGCGUGCGUCCACCGCCGAGGCUCUGUCUCGCCUGCUGGACCUGGUGGCCUCGGUGCACUUCAUUCUGGCUGGCUGGAAGUCCGGCAAGACGCCGGCCUCCUCGGCCGGUGACCCGGCCCCCGGGACGCGCCCCCGGUCGACCACCCUCUCCUCGGUGGCUUCGCCCGUCAACAGCCUCAUGCUGACCGCCCUGCCGAUCGAGCUGCUGCUGUCACACACGGCCGAGUCGCAGGCCUUCCUCAACCGGAUUUGGUAUAGCCAGAAGUUCGCGGCCACCCGGGCCGCCGCCGCUGCCGCUGCCACCGGGCAGAAGCCCCCGGCCGAGGGGGCUGCCAUGGCCUCGCGGCCCCGGCCCACCCCCCGGGAGAUCACCGACCUUUCGCUCCUGCUGCUGGCGCAGACGGCGCGCGACAUGACCGCCCUGCUGUCGAGCGUGGCCCCGGCCCAGCUGCCGGCCCACAUGGCCACCAACAGCGCGGCUGGCCCGGCCCCCCCGGCCUCCGGGUCGAUAUUCUCCUCGGAAGCCCGCGUCGGCCUGCUGAACACCGUGGCCGAGUGGCACCGCCAGCGGAACCUCCUGCUGGAGCUCUUUGCCCUGUGCCAUCUGCUCGGCCUGGGCGGCUUCCUGCCGAUCAUCACCCGCACGAUCAACGUCCUGAUGCGCGACGAUUCGGAUCUCGGUGUGCCUGUUGCCUACCUGGCCGCGCGCCACAACGACGAGACUCUCCUGUCCAUGGCCCAUGGAUGGGUUCUCCGGUCGCUCUUGGACCCCGGCCGCCUGCAGAGCGCCCUCAAUGUCCUGCACAAUGAGUCCUUCAACCCCAACCCCAACACCAACCUCUCGGUGGAUCUCUUUAAGCCGGCCGGCUCUGAGUCGGCCGUGCGCCUGAUCGAUUCCGGCUCCCGGCUGUCCUAUCGGCGCUUCGUCAUCCCGCUCUACGUCUUCCAGGGGCUGCUCCCCCGCCGGGCCUGGUACAACCUCACCCGCAUGCCGCCAUCUGACCGGACGGUCUGCCGGCUGGUGCGCGACCUCCGGCCCAUCACCACCGGGGCCAUCCCCGGGUCCGUGGGCCUCGCCUCGGCCGACUCCCAGGACUCCAUCACCUCCGGUGCCAUUGUCGCCACGUACACCCUCUAUGAGAUGCCCUCGCAUCGGGCCCUGCUGUCAGCUCGCUUCGAUCCCAACACCAGCGAGUAUGUCAUUUGCGCCGGGCGCGAGGUCAUUCGCCAUGGUCCCUCCUACGUCGGUGGUCUACGGUACAACCUUGCUGGCACCGUCUUCACGGUAUUCAACCACGGUACGGCCACCUGCCUGACCAUGCCGGCCGUGGUGGAAAACAUUAGUCCCCCACGCAGCGAGCAGGCCAUCAUCACGUACGACCUGAACUUCUGGGGCCUUGAGCCGCGCUCCUUCCAUGUGGCCCUGCCGAAGCAGGUCCGCGACCUGUCCUCGGCCCCGCCGCUUGAGGAGCAGAUCGCCCACCAGGAGGCCGCCAGUGAUUUCUACCAGAUCCAGAACAAGUCGCCAAAGUGGAACGAAGAGCGUGCCACUUUCACCCUGGACUUCCGUGGCAACGUCCGCUGUGCCAGCAAGAAGAACUUCAUUCUUGAGCUGCCCGCGGCCGAUGCCGAUUCUCAACCCACCGAGGUGAUGAUGAUGGGCAAGCUCGAGCGUAACCACUUCUACGUGCACUUCAAUGCUCCGCUCACUCCGCUGGCGACGUUCGGCAUCAUCCUCAGUAGCUUCCACCGCAAGCUCAUGGUCAAGUAG